GAUGUGGUAUGUGGAGUGGUGAUUUUCAUUUUAAGGGUUUGAUUAUGUCCUUUUUGAGUGUCUCUCAAUUGGACUUGUUGAAAAAGGGUGUUUUUGGACAGUUUAUGGAUUUGGGUGAUGUCCACCUGAGUGAUAGUAUUUUCCAUUGCUUGAUCUUAUCCCAACUUUCAUCUAGUACUGAUAGUGCGUUAAAGUUUAAGAUAUUUGAUCGCGUGUGUGUAUUUGAUUUCGAGUCUUUCCAUUUUAUUACUGGUUUGGAUUCUUGUGUUGAUGAUUUUAGUGUUGUGUCUAGUAGACCAAAUAGAUUGUUGAGACUUUAUUUUCCAAAUCAGGAUAGAAUAAAGUUGUGUGAUCUCAAAAGUUUCUUACAAAUUAAGUCAAGUAAUCGUACUGGUGGUUUUUGGGAAAGAUCUAGUGAUCUUGUUAGACUUGCUGAGGUCUAUAUAAUGGAGAGGGUUUUGUUGGGUCGUAACGAGAAAUGUGUUGUUAAAGGUCAUCUAAUGAAGAUAAUUGAUGAUGACAGUCUUCGAGUGUCUUAUCCUUGGGGUUCUCUUAGUUUUAAUUGGUUGGUACGGUCGAUUCGUGGUUGUGUGGAGACUUUCAAGACCACGCCAUCUACACGUUAUAUGAUUAGUGGUUUCGCUUACGCUUUAAAUGUGUGGCUGUUGGAGGUUUUCCCUAUCUUCCGAGGGUUUUCAAGUUUUCAUGGUCCGAAGUUUCCUCGUAUGUUGUCUUGGGGUCCUUCAAAGCAAGUUGAUUAUAAAGUUAUUACCGAGAAUUUCUUCCAUGCUGAAAAAGUAUGUGCUUCCUUUUUGUUGGUGCUUCUUUUUCUUGGUUUUUUUUCCCUGUUGUUAUUUUUGUGUUUUUGUAUAUAUCAUGUGUUUAUAUUGUGUUAUAGAGAUUCAAGAAAUUUAUUGUCCAUGCUGUUGUUGUUGGUACGGAACAAGAGAUGCUGGAUUAUCCAGUUGCACUUAAAUUUCCUGAUGAUUCAGGCCCUUGUUCUUGCAGUGCGGUUUUGCCAUCUCAACUUACUUAUCAGAUAGUUGAUGGUGUUUUGUCUAGUGUGAAGAAGCAACUUGAUGAUGAACGAUCUACAAUUGUUAAUCAAGUAAAG